AUGGCCCUAAAGCGAGCCCGCGGUGCCCUGAUGGGCCAAUUUGUCGGCGAUGCGCUCGGGUCUCGCUACGAAUUUGGCAGCCGCGAAGAAACAAUACAAAAGCUUGACACGGACAUGGCCGAGACUGGAGAGCUGGCAAUGCUGGGCGGAGGGUGCUUCAACUUACCUCCAGGAACGAUAACCGAUGAUAGCGAAAUGGCACUAUCUCUCUCCGGCGUCUUAUUGGCCCAAAAUCGCUUCGAUCAAGCGAGUACGGCUGUGGCCUAUGCACGCUGGUGUCAAACAGCACCACCAGAUAUUGGAAAUACGACAAUUUCCGCCGUUUCGAUUGACAAGAGAAUCCCGAAAGAAUGGCUAAAGGAGUGGGAUGUGGAGGAAAGAAAAAGGGUACUCACGACACUUCUAUCGAACGUGGCAAAAUGGAAUGACGAAUCUCAGUCUAACGGAUGUUUGAUGCGGAUCAGCCCGUUGCCUGUGUUUUAUUGGAGACGACCAUUUGAGGAAUGGGCACCAUAUAUCGCUGAAGAUGUCGCAUUGACGCAUUGCCAUCCCGUGCCAGCGGUCCUGUGCGAGAUAUAUUGCCGAGCCAUUCAUCUUCUAAUUAAUGGGGAGAGUGUAGAAAAUGUUUACAGAACUUUACUUGAAUCGACGAAUAAUAACGUUGCACGCAUUCAUUUGGAAGCGGCGGCUGUUCAG